AUGAAGUUGCGAUUCCUCUGCGCUCUGCUUUCUCUCCUGGCAGGGCGCAGUCGGGGAGACACCCGCGCCAUCGGGGCAGAGGAAUGCACCCCCAACUCGCAGCCCUGGCAGGCCGGCCUCUUCCACCUCACCCACCUCUUCUGCGGGGCGACCCUCAUCUCUGAGCGCUGGCUGCUCACUGCGGCUCACUGCCGCAAGCCGUAUCUGUGGGUCCGCCUCGGGGAGCAUCACAUCUGGCACUGGGAGGGCCCCGAGCAGCUGUUCCGGGUCAAGGACUUCUUCCCCCACCCCGGCUUCAACAACGACCUCAGCGCCCAUGACCACAACGACGACAUCAUGCUCGUCCGGCUGCCCAGGCCGGCGCGCCUGGGGCCCGCUGUGCAGCCCCUCAACCUCAGCCAGACGUGCGUCAAGCCCGGCACCCAGUGCCUCAUCUCGGGCUGGGGCGCCGUGUCCAGCCCCAAGGUGCAGUACCCGCUCACGCUGCAGUGCGCCAAUAUCAGCGUCCUGGAGUCCGGACUGUGCCGCCGGGCCUACCCUGGCCACAUCUCCAACAGCAUGCUCUGCGCGGGCCUCUGGGAGGGGGGCCGGGGGUCCUGCCAGGGCGACUCCGGGGGCCCCCUGGUUUGCGACGGGACCCUGGCAGGCGUGGUGUCUGGGGGUUCAGAGCCCUGCUCCAGACCUGGGCGCCCCGCCGUCUACACCAGCGUUUGCCACUAUGUGGACUGGGUGCAGAAGAUCAUGAAGGACAACUGA